GGAGCCGCCCUCUUCUUACGCAGCCCUGGUUUAUGAGGGAAAAUGUAUCGUCUCGGCCAACAGACUAUCUCCAAGAUCGCUUUCAAUUCCUUUUUAUCUACUGUGCCACGGGAAUAUUUUCAUUUUACGAGACAAUACAAUAAAAGCUGGUCGUGUAUUGGCUGAUUUUUGAUCAAAUUAGACAUUUCUUUGCACGAAAAUGCCAAGGACCAAGAAGAAGAAUAGCAGGGGAGGGCAGCAUGGACAUGUGCAGCCUUUCAGUGAUGAGGAUGCCUCCAUCGAGACCCUCAGUCAUUGCAGCAGCUUCAGUGACACCACCAGUGUGGCGGAUGAAGGUGGAGAAGCCGCUGAGGACACAGCCCAGGAGGAUUUCCAGUACAAGCUGAAAGGGUUCAUUGACAGCACUGUGGAUAAGAGUGCUAAGACCAGACAAGGGGCACUGGAUGGGCUUAAGACGGCAAUGGCCACACGGAUACUGUACGAGUUUAUCUCUGAGAGAAGGAUGACCAUCACAGACAGCAUCGAGCGCUGCCUCAAGAAAGGCAAAGGCGAGGAGCAGCGAGCGGCAGCUUCUUUGGCCUGCCUCUUGUGCAUCCAGCUGGGCUCGGGCAUCGAGAGCGAGGAAGUGUUCAAGACUCUGAAACCGAUCUUCAAAAACAUCCUGGCAGACGGAUCAGCCAACAUACAAGCCAGACAGGCGGCGGCGACCAGUCUGGGCCUCUGUACUUUAGUUGCAGAAGAUGACAUUCUGGACGUGCAUGCUACCAUGGAGUGCUUUGAGAACCUGUUCACCCGGUCCUAUGCUAGGGUGGAUGGUACCUGUCCUUUAAUCAGUCCCCCGACGAGCCAGCUCCACACCAACGCCCUGCUGUCCUGGGCACUGCUGCUCACCAUCUGCACUGCCAGCCAGCUGAAGGACGUCCUGCGCAAACACCUGCCGAAACUGCCAAGAUUGCUGGAAAGUGAGGAUGUCAACAUGAGAAUUGCUGCAGGGGAGACCAUUGCCCUGCUCUUUGAGCUUGCCAGAGACUUGGACUCUGACUUUGAGUUUCAAGACUGGGAUGAACUGUGUGACAAACUGAACGCGCUCGCCACAGACUGUAACAAGCACAGAGCCAAGACUGACAAGAGGAAGCAGCGGUCGGUGUUCAGGGACGUACUGAAGGCUGUUGAGGAGGGCGACUUCCAGUCUGAGACCAUUCGCUUUGGAACAGAGCGCAUGACCAUUGACAGCUGGGUCAGAAAGAGGACAUAUGAUGCCUUCAGGGAGUUUGUGGGCUCUGGGAUGAACUACCACCUGCAGGGUAAUGAAUUUAUCAGAGACGUGUUUGAACUGGGACCACCGAUGUUGGUUGAUUCAGCCACAAUGAAGGCCAUGAAAAUCUCUCGCUUUGAAAGGCAUCUCCACAACUCUGCCGCAUUCAAGGCUCGGACCAAGGCCAGAAGCAAGUUCAGGGACAAGAGGGUGGAUGUGGGAGAAUUUUAAACUUUUUUUUUUUUCUCCUUUUUUUUUUUUUUUUAUUUCACUAACAUCCUAUUAUCAGACUUUCCUGCUUUUUAGAUAAACUGUCACGACUUUGUUCACGUGCUCCGCCCCCGAAAUCUAUCCUGAGUAUCGAACUCGCUCACCCUCUGGAGACUUGAAAGGCGGGCUUUAUUACAGAUACUUGAUGUUAUAAAUGUUCUUUUUUUAUAGCCACCUUUCAAACCUACAGGAGGUGAGUGUUUUUGAUAAACAAAUAGUUUUGAGUUUAACUUUAAUAUAUUCACACAUCACCAGUGGUGUUGUACAUACAGUGUUGUAUAUUUGGUCUCUCAUGUUUAAUAUUAAUUAUGUGGCCUUUUUCUUGAAUAUGUAAUAAGUUAUAUAAGUUAGCCAGCAUUUGUCUUUGCACCAUGUAGUCGUAUUUAGUUUAUUGCAAUGUCAAGACACAUGUUGUGACUGUCCUAACCCUUUGAUGGAUUCGUAUUAAGUUGCACUACCUUGUUAACCUCUAGCUGGUUAUUUGUGUAGAACCUUGGUGAAUAUUGUCUUUUUAGUAUUGGGUAUGUAAUCUAAAGGGUGAGGAUGGUGAAAUAAACACUGAAAAGCUGUAAAAAAUGGA